AAAGCAUUUACACGUUCAGAUGAAUUACAACGUCAUUUACGUACACAUACUGGUGAAAAACGUUUUGUUUGUUCAAAAUGUGGAAAACGUUUUAUGCGUUCUGAUCAUUUAUCAAAACAUUCAAAAACACAUGAAAUACCAUUAUCAACAACAAUAGAUCAUCCACCAUUAGAACUUAUAGAAACAACGAUGGGAACUAGUAGUACAAGUAGUGAUGAAAUAUCAUCACAUGAAGAUGAUGAAAUUAUUGAUGUGCAAUAUUAA